AUGGGCUUCACUUUCGAUACUGCUGCAAUCGAUACACACGUGCCUGCCCCAAUGCCAACUAUCGUCCAUCCCAUGAAUCAACUGUUGAUGACAAACCCACCCCCAUUCCCAAUUGAAGAGAUUCUGCUGAACAUGAUUCAACAUCAAGCCAGACUGACUGUGCCUGCCUCACCGGAUCCCAUCGGGUUACCCUCGCCUGCAUGUACAGACAAACCACAACAAGUGGAGGCAUUGCAUUCGCUAACGGCAGCCUUAUUUCCUGGAGCAGCAGCUGCUGCGACCCUGACAGCAUUGAGUCAAUUAAUUAUGCCAAAUGCUUCCACCAACUCCGUCCCCUUAUUCAACCAACCAUCACUGUUUCCAUCCGCACUGACGAAUCCAUCCGAUACGCAAACUGACCCGAAGUUCGUCCAUCCCCACUUGUUAACUCAACCCUCAUCUGCAGGUGCCACCACGAAUCCCCUUGGUCAGUUACUCCGAGCAAUUGCUAUGACAAACUCGACUACUGCGCCUGUCACCGCCGACCUGCGCUCGUCAUCUCAGGGGACUUUGACAGACGCACGGCUACAUGUUGGCAGUGAACAGGGAUUGGAUUUGGCAGUCGGUAAUAGGACAAGGGUCUCGAGACAAGAUCAGCCGCCAUCGACAAGUGUCACAGCCCUAGUCCACCAAAAUGCCGGCCGGACGUCAAUUUGUUCCCCUGAUUGGUCAGUCAAGACCUUCUUUUCAAGUCACUUUCCUUUAUCGGUCUAA